AUGGCCGAAAGACGCUUGCGAAAGGAACUGAAUGAACUGUAUAAGCUGCAGCCGAGCAAUUGUUGUGCCUGGCCCGUGACCGGGGAUCUGAUGCUAUGGGAGGCGACCAUUUUGGGCGUGAGGGACACGCCCUAUUAUCUGGGCGUAUUCUCGCUGCGGCUGAAGUUCAACAGAAACUAUCCGUUUAUGGCGCCACGCGUGAACUUCCUGACCAAAAUCUAUCACUGCAAUAUCGACUUCGAUGGUUACAUCUGCUGGGAUCUGUUGAGCACCAAGUGGACCGCCCUGAUUAAUGUGUCCACAAUCCUGCAUGCUGUCUGCGCCCUGAUGCGCGAGCCCAAUGCAGAUGAUCCGUGCGACGAGCUGAUGGCCGCACUCUAUCGCGACAAUCGUCAGGAGUACAACAACAAUGCGAUUGACUGGACGCUCCGCUAUGCCAUUGCUCCAAGCGUGACGCUGCCUCCGCUGCAGCUGCAGUGCCAGCCGGUGAUGAUUGAGGAGCAGGAUGAUGAUGACGAGGACAGGGACGGGGACGGGGACGGAGACGGGGAUGGUGAUGACGAGCAAGAAGACGAUGACAAUGACGAGGCAGCGGAUGAUGAAGACGAAGAUAACGAUGACGACGAGGAGGAGGAGGAGGAGGAGGAGGAUGACGAGGAGGAGGACGAGGAAGUUGAUUCAGAUGAUACAGAGCCAGAGCAAGCUGACGCUGCCGAGUCACAGCUGGAAACAGACGACGGGGAGCUGGAAACUAAUGAAAUAACAACAAACGCUUAA